AUGACUAAAUUAUACAGCAUCUUGAUUUUAACCUGUUUGGUAGUGACCAUACCUACCUUAUAUGGCAAUAUUUUAGAGGAUGAAGAGUAUUGGGGGAAGCAAGCUGCAUUAUUUGAUGAGUAUUGGAAGAAAAAAGAAGCAAGUGCUGAACUAGAGAACAAAAGAGCUUAUAUUAAUGAUCCAUUUUCAUUCAGCGGCAACGUGACUGAUAAUAUUUCUGACCUGAUAAUUAGUGAUGAAAAAGCGGAAAAAACUGGAAGAAGGAAUUUGGCAGGAAAGUUAACAAAUAAUCCGUGCUUGGCAACAAACCCGAUUGACAGAUGUUGGAGGUGUGACAAGAAAUGGGAAAAGAAUCGGAAGAAGCUGGCAGAUUGUGUGCAAGGUUUUGGCAGAAGCACUGUUGGAGGACAGAAAGGUUCGUUUUAUGAGGUAACGAGUAACUUAGAUAAUGACAUGGUGAAUCCUGUUCCUGGUACCCUUAGGCAUGCGGUUACACGAACUGCACCCUUGUGGAUCUAUUUUUCUCAUAGCAUGACCAUUAGGCUGAGCCAGGAGCUGAUUGUGGCAAGUGACAAGACCAUUGAUGGAAGAGGAGCUGAUAUCUACAUUAUGAAUGGUGCUGGUUUUACCCUCCAAUUCGUCAAGAAUGUCAUCAUCCAUGGAAUCAAAAUUUUUGACAUUAAUUCUGGCAAUGGUGGACUUAUCAGAGAUUCUGAGACCCACUACGGUCAAAGAACUCAGAGUGAUGGUGAUGGAAUUUCCAUCUUUGGCUCUAGCUAUGUUUGGAUCGACCAUGUUUCCAUGAGAAACUGCAAAGACGGAAUGAUCGAUGCCAUUAUGGGUUCUACUGCCAUUACCAUCUCCAAUUGCCACUUCACAGACCACAAUGAGGUGAUGCUGUUUGGUGCGAGUGACAGCUAUGAUGGUGAUAAGCUAAUGCAGAUCACACUGUUAUUCAACCACUUUGGUAAGAGAUUAGUUCAAAGAAUGCCAAGAUGCAGGUUUGGUUUUUUCCAUGUGGUUAACAACGACUACACUCAUUGGGAAAUGUAUGCCAUUGGUGGUAGCAAGCAUCCUACAAUUAUUAGUGAGGGCAACCGAUUCACAGCCCCCAACGACAAUAAUGCUAAAGAGGUAACAAAGAGGACCUACGCAACAGAAGAAGAGUGGAAAAACUGGCAAUGGAGAUCAAUCAGGGAUGAGCUAGUGAAUGGAGCUUAUUUCAGAGAAAGUGGGCCCGUUUUAAAGAACAGACCCUUCACAAAGAAGGACAUGGUGUCCUCCAGGCCUGGUUCGUAUGUAGUAAGGCUCAGUCGCUACGCUGGGGCCCUAAGAUGCGUUGAGGGCAAACCUUGUUAGACAUCAUCAUCAUCAUCACCAUUCUGUGCCAAAACCAAAUCCCUCACAAACUCCUUUCCCUCCAUCUUUCUCUGACAUCUGUGUACAGUGUAAGCUAUAUAUGGUGUAUCCUUUUCCAUGCAUGUAGAUAUACGAGGUAGAUAUUCUUGUAUAUUCCA